AUGACCCGACUGGCUUGGGCUAGGCUGUUUGUGGCUGGGGCUGCAGCUGCGGUGACCAUGUGGGUUUGUGCCAUGAGCAUAGGAACUUGGGGUGAGACAGCAUCAAACCCAAGAGUGGUCAAUUGGUCUUCUUCCAUUUCUACAUCCCCUUUACCAGCAACCAGAGGAUCCGGCAUACGCAUCCAUUCCAGUAGCCAACCCAAAGUCGCAGCAACAGCUUUGACUCUGCACGAGUAUGAACGCCACGGUUUUCUGAUGGUUUCAGCUAAUGAAGGACUGAAUCAGAUGAGAGCAGGUGUACUUCCUAGGAUGCAGAAGUACAAGGUCCUGCACUUCCAGAAGACUGAUACGAGGCUUGCCAACAAUGGGCGUCCUGAAUCGGUUCAGAAGCUGAGGUGCCAAGUGAACUACGGGGCGCUGAGAUUUGCUGCUCCGAUAGAUGAGCUCUGGAAGAAGAUUGUGGGUUUUCUGAGGCAGAAGGGACCCUUCUUGGCUCUUCACCUCAGAUAUGAGAUGUUCAUGCUUGCUUUUUACGAGGCUCAAGGUCUCAAUGAUGAUAACUAUUCAAUUCCAUGGUGGAAAGUGAAAGAGAUAGACUGGGUGAAGAAGAGGACUGCAGGACAAUGCCCUCUGACCCCGGGAGAAGCUGCACUGACCCAGCCAGCAGUAGGAAUCGACCGGAACACCCGAAUCUACGUCGCUGCGGGAGAGAUGUAUGUAGGGGAGAGAAGAAUGGCGAGUCUAAAAGCAGCUUUCCCCAACCUGGUAAAGAAGGAGACAGGACUGGAGGCCUCAUACCUCAUGCCCUUUAGGAAACACUCAAACAUGAUGGCAGUAAUAGACUACUAUGUUUCAUUGGAGAGUGAUUUGUCUGUUCCUACUGAUAGUCGGAACAUGGCACAAGUUUUGCAAGGCCAUAGAAGAUUGUUAGGUUACAAGCUGACUAUUCUUCUAGACAGGAUGUUGUUAAUCACGUUGAUUGAUCAGUACAUGAACGGGACUCUAAAUUGGGACGAAUUUGCCUUGCUCGUGAAGACAGCUUAUGCAGAUCACAUGGGUAAGCCAGCUAAGAGAAUGGAGAUUCCGGCGAAACCUAAUGAAGAGGAUUACUUCUAUGCCAACCCACAUGAAUGCUCAUCCCCAGGUUGA